ACGGAGAACUCGCCCUCCAGCGUCUUGAUCUGCACCUGCUUCUGCUCCCAUUUCCGGGCGCUGGGCUCGGCCCCGCCGCCGCUCAGGUCGUACGUGUUUUAUCGGAAUCCAUGGCUUUGGAGUCACAUCGGUUCAUUAACACUUUCAGACUCCAGAAAUGGAGCACCUGCUCUAGACUACGGACACGGAUAAUAAAGUGGUGGCAGCUAUAUUGUUUGUGAUAAUUAUUUCCAAAGCGAAGUAUCCACAAAUCAAGACUCUAAUGGGACCCGACCACCACCUGAAAUGGAUCGUCUUGGUGCUGGUGGCGGCUCAGCUUGUCGCUUGUCACCUAGUGGGAAACCUGGCUUGGAAGUGGGUGCUAUUUUGGGCGUAUGCCUUUGGCGGCUGUGUGAAUCACUCGUUGACUUUAGCCAUCCACGACAUCUCUCACAAUGUCACUUUCGGCAAUAGGCAGGCAAAAUGGAACAGAUGGUUUGCCAUGGUGGCCAACUUGCCAAUUGGCAUGCCAUACUCCGCAUCCUUCAAGAAAUACCACAUCGAUCACCACCGCUACUUGGGAGGAGACAAGCUGGAUGUGGACAUACCAACGGACUUCGAAGGGUGGUUUUUCUGCACCCCCUUGCGCAAAGUUGUCUGGCUGGUCCUUCAGCCGCUAUUUUACGUCCUACGUCCUCUGUACGUGAAUCCCAAACCGAUCAGCAGGAUGGAGAUAUGGAACGCUCUGGUCCAGUUUUCCGCUGACCUCUUGCUCUAUCGCACGUGCGGCCUGAAGCCCAUGGUCUAUUUGGUGGCCGGAUCGUUUUUUUGUAUGGGCUUCCACCCGAUUUCGGGACAUUUUAUCUCGGAACAUUAUAUGUUUAUGAAAGGGCAUGAGACCUAUUCGUAUUAUGGAUGUCUGAAUUUAAUUACUUUUAAUGUAGGCUACCACGCAGAGCAUCACGACUUUCCCAACAUCCCCGGAAGCAAGCUCCCUAUGGUCCGACAGAUCGCCUCCGAAUAUUAUGACAAUCUUCCUCAGCACCAAUCGUGGGCCCGUGUCCUCUGGGAUUUCAUAUUCGAUGAAGAGAUUGGUCCCUAUUCAAGGAUUAAAAGGAAAUACAAGCUUGCGAAGGCGUGAUCACAAUCACUGAAAGAACAUUUUAUAUUCUGUAACUCUCCUUUCUGACGUGUGACACUCUGUACACUGUAAAUAAUAAUAAAUUCCUAUUUGGUACAGCUGA